UGACACUGUGAUACGCCGUCCACCGGAUCAACCAGAAAACGCCACCGUGUUUCGAUUAACUUUUAUUGUUUUCUUGUCAACGGUUAUUUCACAGUAAUACUAGUGUUAUUAUUUAUCAUUUGUUCGCAUAUUAUUUUUGUGUCGCAACUCUCUUUUCACUUCUUUUAUUAAACGGCUCGACGCCAAGUAAAACUUCAUCCGGUGUAACUUCAUUCAUCAUCAUCUUUUCCUUAACAAAUGGCUCCCCGGCAUAGGAUCAAAACCGGAUAACUUUUUAAUAAGCAUGAAGAACAACAACAACAACAACAACAACGACCCAGCCACCCCCUUAUCCGUCGAGGAGGUCCAACGGUUGGUUGGCCAAUUGGCGGGCCGGGUGGGCCUCCCGACGGAUCCCAUCCCGCGCGUAUUGCGCUCGGCGGAGGAUGCUUCGCGCGCUCCCCUACCCGAGGUAUUAAGGAACCCUGUGGCUCGAGCUCACUUCGAACGGGGCGUGCGGGCGGGUCGCGAGGAGGUGAGGCGCGAAAUACAAAUCGCGCUAAACUCACUCCCCCGCGCCUCCCCGUCCGCCCCGGGAGUCCAAGCUCCCCCUUCUCCCAAACCUCGUCGGGUGAUAAAUGUGGCGUCCCAACACUUCUCCCGCCCAGGGGAGGCGUCCACAAGCAAUACGCGGGUGGCCCCCUCCCCUCGGCCUCUACUGUCUUUCCGCGCCACGCGGCCAGACAGCGCCCCACCCACGUCACGUCGCCCGAAGCAUCCAUACGCCAGGGGCAGUGGAGGGUCCGCAGCGACGCCUACCCCUACGACUAGCAAAACUCCUCGGUACUACUCUCCGUCCGAGCGGGAACGCCGGACGAAGAAGUACAAGGAGUAUAUGCUUCGACGUUGGGGGGUCGUCGUCGGUGGGGACCCUACACCGCCCAUAAACCCGACCGCAACACUGCGGACAACUACAACAUCACCACCAACGACACCAACAACACCGACAACAUCAGCAGCAGCCCCAGCAGUGACAACAGCUAUUGUCAGCCGGCCGUCGGGCAUGUAUGUGGACGGGGUGCUGGCGGCGUCAACACCAACAACGACACCAGCACAGGCGGAGACGCCUAUGGAGCUAGAGGACGACGGCCUGGUUCGAGAGAUGGACCUGUUCCUCUCCUGCCCCACCUCCCCAGCACAGCCGGAGCCCCCGGCCGAGUAAGAGCUCCCUCCCACCCCAAGCGCGUUACGCGCGGGGUCUAUACCCCUAACCCCCUCCCUGCUGCGCGCACUCCGCGGGGCACUACCACCCACUCCAUCAAACAUACAACGUAAGUAUUGCGGCUUGUUAUUGCGCUAUGCGCACUCUAAUAUAUUCGACCAAACACGGAACGCCAUAUGCGCUAUUUCAUUUGAUUUCUAGAGUACAGCGGCGGCUUGGUGGGGGGGUAUUUGACACGGCCACGGCGUUGUCACACGUUGACACCCCGCGGUCGUGUCAGCUCCUUCUCAGCCACCGCUUAACUGUAAACCGGACCGUCACACACACGCGUUAUCGUCGUGGUGUAAAGUCCAACAAAUGCCUAGCGUCGUAUACCCCGCCGCAAUAAUACGUCGAGUCAGUCUUCUUCGGGACACCUUUGACACUGUGAUACGCCGUCCACCGGAUCAACCAGAAAACGCCACCGUGUUUCGAUUAACUUUUAUUGUUUUCUUGUCAACGGUUAUUUCACAGUAAUACUAGUGUUAUUAUUUAUCAUUUGUUCGCAUAUUAUUUUUGUGUCGCAACUCUCUUUUCACUUCUUUUAUUAAACGGCUCGACGCCAA